UUUUUUUGUUAAAUUUGUUUUGUUCUGCAAACUUGGAAGCUGCUUUUCUCCUUUAAACCUUUGUGGCGCAGUACCUGCCAUUCAGCAAAGUUGGUGAGAUCAAAAACACACUUUACAAAAUGACCUGCUGGUGAUAUGGUGUCCAGGUAACCGGCUCCUUUUUGUGUGCCUAAAAACGUUUGCAUUUUUACAAAAGAAACCGAAGGAUUUUCUCGAUCUUUAAUACCUGGCGGGACCGGACGCGGACUGGGAAGGCCGGGUUUGAAAACUUAAAAAACAAACUUUUUUUUUUUCUUUUCUUUUUUUUCUGCAAAGUGACUUCACAAAAACUGUUUGUCUAGUUGCGUGCGACCUAAUGAGACAUUUUUUGGGGAGAAAAAAAAAAGUUGCGAUUCCUUUUUGGGUUCUGCAGUGGAAGCAAGCAACAGAUAUUCCUCGAUGUCUCUGCUGGUGCAGCCUUCUGUAUUGUCGCUGGUGCCUCACCACCCUGCAAUUAGUGACUAGACUGUGAACCUAAACGAGAAGAGGACACUCAGACUGCACAUCGUCUGAUGGGCAAACCGGAACCCUAAACACCAUGUUAAUGGCAAUUCGAUGGUUGAACCUUUCCCGCAAGGAACGCAGAUGGCAAUAUUCGGGAUGGGCUGUUUCUGGGGAGCAGAAAAGAAGUUCUGGAGACAGAAGGGCGUCUACUCCACUCAGGUCGGCUAUGCCGGUGGACAUACGCCCAAUCCCAGCUAUCAGGAAGUCUGCUCAGGGAGAACAGGUCAUGUGGAAGUAGUUCGCGUCGUCUACCAGCCAGAAAACAUCAGCUUUGAGAAAUUACUGAAGGUCUUCUGGGAGAAUCAUGACCCAACACAAGGGAUGCGUCAGGGUAAUGACGCCGGCACCAUGUACCGCUCAGCCAUCUAUACGUACACCACAGAACAGAUGGACACUGCCCUAAAGACCAAAGAAGAUUACCAGAAGGAGCUGACUGCGAAAGGAUAUGGAAAUAUUACCACGGAAAUCCGCCCGGCAGAACACUUUUACUACGCAGAAGAUUAUCACCAGCAGUAUCUGAGCAAGACACCCAACGGUUACUGUGGACUGGGCGGCACCGGGGUCACCUGCCCAAUUGGCCUCAAGUAGAUAGUUACUAGGGUUACCAGAAUGCUUCAUACUCAGCUGAUGACUCGGAUCCUUCUAAAACGGCCAUCUAUAGUGCAGGUUUUCUCAAUUACUCCCAUAUAGACACAUCAUACAGUAAUCACCUUCUUUCCUUCCACGCUUCAAAUAUAUCAGCCGCUUCUCUGCACCAAACUCUUCUCAUAAGCUAAUGAGUUUAUAGCACCCCAUCUUAUUAGAAUAUAGCCUCUAGUGUUAGUCGUCUGACCGCACAAUGCCAGCUGAUGCCUCCUAACCAUAGCUGCGGCCAAAAACCGUGACAGGCGAAAGAGCCUGGUUUGCCUACGAUAGUGCAUUGAGGCUGGAAACAGACUGCACAAUGGUGGUUUCGUAAACAGUCUGAUAUCACUGCUCCGGCCAAAAGACAACUUUAAACUCUGCCCCUCAAAAUCCAAUUAGAUGUGAACAAAUCGGGGUAUAAAUUAUGUUCUCCUGAGGGUGUGAGUGGUUGACCAAGAGCCCUUGAGAUGGUCAUUUCCCCCAUCACAAAACGCGCCUGAUCUGGUAGCAUAGCAGUAAUGUGGAACACCCACAUUUGUAGCUAGCUCAACACAGACAAAUAAACUGUGAGGGUCAUUUACUAAUAUUUAGGCAUAACUUAGCACUAAACCAUAGCACUCAAUCAUGAGUUAGUUUUUAUCUGUCUAGUACAUGUUAAACCGGUGGUGGGACAAGACCAGGCCUGGGGGGCCUUCCCCUGCACAUGCAGCUCUAGUCUACCAAUGGGACUUAUUCUCUGCUUUAUGUUAUAAAGGGGUCUAUUCAUAACGCAGUGAAAAGAGCGGAAAAGGGAGCCAGUGCAGAAGUUGCCCAUGGCAACCAAUCAGCAUUGCAGUAACAUUUAGCAAGUGCAUUCUAUAAAAUUAUAUGCAGCCGCUGAUUGGUUGCCGUGGGAAAUUUCUCCACUGGCUAAAAUCUGUACUCUUUUCACUAGAGAUGAGCGGGUUCGUUUUUACUCGGAUUUACUCGGUUCUCAAAACGGCACCUUAUUGGCUCACGGAUGUCAUGUGUUUUGGAUAGCCAAUAAGAAAAAUCCAGAUAAAACCGAUCUGGCGUUAAUUCUGGCGUUACAUCCGAACCCGCUUAUCUCUACUUUUCAAUAGACCCCAAAGAGAGUAAGACUGAACAGGGGCAGCCGGCUUCCAUAUUAUCUGGCCCUCUCUGCCCACUGCACGGAUGUCAUUCACCACAUCUAAUGGUAGGAGGAGGUGCACAUGCUCCCUUCCCUUCCCGCUGGGCACAUUAGCUAGUGAUUUGGGGGCUUGUGGAGAGAUCUGAGUGACAUUUCGGGCCAGUUCAUAGCAAGUGGUGCUCUGACCACAAAAGGGGACGUUGCUGGCGUAUAGGAGCAUUGUGGAGCAAGUAAGAGGCCUGAGGGGCAUGUGGUAGAAUUUUGGAGCAUGUGUGGGCAUUUUAGGAUGGGUGUUGUGGGGGUGCCAAGGCUGUUUUAGGGCUUUUUAGUAAUUACAUGAGGAACAUGUGUGUCCCUUAAGUAUAUCAGAUUCCCCAUCACUGUGUAACACACUGGAAGAAGAUGCCUCGGUACUAUGACACAUUUGCACCAAUGCAACAGUAGUAAAGUAACAUCAGUUUAUGGGGUCUAUUAAUGAAGCAGAGAAAAGUGUGGAGAAGUGAGCCUGUGGAGAAGUUGCCCAUGGCAACCAAUCAGCUGCUCCGUACAAUUGUAUUGUAUGCAAAUUAUAAAUGUUACUUUAAUGCUGAUUGGUUGCCAUGGGCAACUUCUCCACAGGCUCACUUCUCCACACUUUUCACUGCUUCAUGAAUAGACCCCUAAGUGUCUCUGAAAUGUCUGUCCCUGGUUGGUCACUAAGCUAGUACUAUUGAUUCACAUAUUCACCAGACCCUUAGACAUAUCCCUGUGGAAUUCAUAUAUAUUCCUGGUGGACUGGAUGCCGGCAGCGGGGGCGAAUGCUACGCGUCCCCUAGCAAGCACGCUGCACUCGCCACAGGAUCUAUUCCCACGCUAUUCCGGCGUCAGGAUCCCAACAACUGGCAAAUUGAUUGCCUCCCAUCCCUGCUAGGAUACUGUAAUCUUGUCAGCCUGAGUUCUAUAGCCUCCAUUUUCUCUAUCGUCCUAAGUGGAUGCUGGGGUUCCUGAAAGGACCAUGGGGAAUAGCGGCUCCGCAGGAGACAGGGCACAAAAAAGUAAAGCUUUUACCAGAUCAGGUGGUGUGCACUGGCUCCUCCCCCUAUGACCCUCCUCCAGACUCCAGUUAGAUUUUGUGCCCGAACGAGAAGGGUGCAAUCUAGGUGGCUCUCCUAAAGAGCUGCUUAGAGAAAGUUUAGCUUAGGUUUUUUACUUUACAGUGAGUCCUGCUGGCAACAGGAUCACUGCAACGAGGGACUUAGGGGAGAAGUAGUGAACUCACCUGCAUGCAGAGUGGAUUUGCUGCUUGGCUACUGGACACUAGCUCCAGAGGGACGAUCACAGGUACAGCCUGGAUGGUCACCGGAGCCGCGCCGCCGGCCCCCUUGCAGACGCUGAAGAGAGAAGAGGUCCAAAAUCGGCGGCUGAAGACUCCUGAGUCUUCAUAAAGGUAGCGCACAGCACUGCAGCUGUGCGCCAUUUUCCUCUCAGCACACUUCACACAACAGUCACUGAGGGUGCAGAGCGCUGGGGGGGGCGCUCUGAGAGGCAAAUAAAAACCUUAUUAGAGGCAAAAAAUACCUCACAUAUAGCCCACAGAGGCUAUAUGGAGAUAUUUAACCCCUGCCUAACUUCAAAAAUAGCGGGAGACGAGCCCGCCGAAAAAGGGGCGGGGCCUAUCUCCUCAGCACACAGCGCCAUUUUCUCUCACAGAAAAGCUGGAGAGAAGGCUCCCAGGCUCUCCCCUGCACUGCACUACAGAAACAGGGUUAAAACAGAGAGGGGGGGCACUGAUUUUGGCGAUAUUGUAUAUAUAUAAAAGAUGCUAUAAGGGAGAAACACUUAUAUAAGGUUGUCCCUAUAUAAUUAUAGCGUUUUUGGUGUGUGCUGGCAGACUCUCCCUCUGUCUCCCCAAAGGGCUAGUGGGUCCUGUCCUCUGUCAGAGCAUUCCCGGUGUGUGUGCUGUGUGUCGGUACGUGUGUGUCGACAUGUAUGAGGACGAUGUUGGUGAGGAGGCGGAGAAAUUGCCUGUAAUGGUGAUGUCACUCUCUAGGGAGUCGACACCGGAAUGGAUGGCUUAUUUAGAGAAUUACGUGAGAAUGUCAACACGCUGCAAGGUCGGUUGACGACAUGAGACGGCCGACAAUCUAUUAGGACCGGUCCAGGCGUCUCAGAAACACCGUCAAGGGUUUUUAAAAACGCCCAUUUACCUCAGUCGGUCGACACAGACACAGACACGGACACUGAAUACAGUGUCGACGGUGAAUAAACAAACGUAUUUCUCAUUAGGGCCACACGUUAAGGGCAAUGAAGGAGGUGUUACGUGUUUCUGAUACUACAAGUACCACAAGAAAGGGUAUUAUGUGGGAGUGAAAAAACUACCUGUAGUUUUUCCUGAAUCAGAUAAAAUAAAAUGAAGUGUGUGAUGAUGCGUAGGGUUACCCCGAUAGCAAAUAUUGGCGUUAUACCCUUUCCCGCCAGAAAUUAGGGUACGUUGGGAAACACCCCUUAGGGUGAUAAGGCGCUCACACGCUUAUCAAGUGGCGUUACCGUCUCCAGAUACGGCCGCCCUCAAGGAGCCAGCUGAUAGGAAGCUGGAAAAAUAUCCUAAAAAGUAUAUACACACAUACGGUGGUUAUACUGCGACCAGCGAUCGCCAUCAGCCUGGAGAUGCAGUGCUGGGUUGGCUUGGUCGGAUUCCCUGACUGAAAAUAUUUUAUUCAUGUAGAGCAUUUAAUAGGAUGCAUUCUAUAUAUAUGUAUGUGAGAUGCACAGAGGGAUAUUUGCUCUCUGGCAUCAAGAUAAGUGCGUUGUCCAUAUCUCCCAGAAGAUGUCAGGGACACGACAGUGGUCAGGUGAUACAGAUCCCAUACGGCAGAUGGAAGUAUUGCUGUAUAAAGGGAAGGAGUUAUUUGGGGGUCGGUCCAUCGGACCUGGGGACCACAGCAACAGCUGGGAAAUCCAACCUUUUUUACCCCAAGUUACAUCUCAGCUAAAAAAGACACCGUCUUUUCAGCCUCAAUCUUUCCUUUCCCAUGAGGGCAUGCAGGCAAAAGGCCAGUCAUAUCUGCCCAGACAUAGAGGUAAGGAAAGUAGACUGCAGCAGGCAGCCCUUUCCCAGGAAAAGAAGCCCUCCACCGCGUCUGCCAAGUCCUCAGCAUGACGCUGGGGCCGUGCAAGCGGACUCAAGGUGGGGGGGUAGUCUCAAGAGUCUCAGGGCGCAGUGGGAUCACUCGCAAGUUGACCCCUAGAUCGUACGAGUAUUAUCCCAGGGGUAAAGAUUGGAGAGUCGAGACAUCUUCUCCUCGCAGGUUCCUGAAGUCUGCUUUACCAACGGCUCCCUCCGACAGGGAGGCAGCAUUGGAAACAAUUCACAAGCUGUAUAUCCAGCAGGUGAUAAUCAAAGUACCCCUCCUACGAAAAAGGGUAUUAUUUUUCCACACUAUAUUGUGGUACUGAAGCCAGACGGCUUGGUGACACAUAGUCUAAAUCUAAAAUGUUUUGAACACUUACAUAAAAGGUUCAAAUCGAGAUAAAGUCACUCAGAGCAGUGAUAGCGAACCGGAAAAAAGGGGACUAUAUGGUGUCCCUGGACAUCAAGGAUUACCUCCAUGUCCAAAUUUUGUCCUUCUCAUCAAGGGUACCUCUGGUUCGUGGUACAGAACUGUCAAUAUCAGUUUCAGACGAUGCCGUUUGAAUUAUCCACGGCACCCCGGGCCUUUUUACCAAGGUAAUGGCCGAAAAGAUGUUUCUUCAAAGAAAAAAGGCAUCUAAAUUAUCCCUUACUUGCACGACCUAAAAAGGGCAAGUUCCAGAGAACAGUUGGAGGUCGGAAGAGCACUAUCUAAAGUAGUUCUUCGACGGCACGACUGGAUUCUAAAUAUUCCAAGAAUCGCAGCUGUUUUCCGACGAUACGUCUGCUGUUCCUAGGGAUGAUUCUGGACACGGUUCAGAAAAAGGUUUUUCUUCCCGAGGAAAAAGCCAAGGAGUUAUCCGACCUGUCAGGAACCUCCUAAAACCAGGAAAGGUGUCUGUACAUCAAUGCACAAGAGUCCUGGGAAAAAUGGUGGCUUUUUACGAAGCAAUUCCAUUCGGCAGAUUCCAUGCAAGAAUUUUCCAAAGGGAUCUGUUGGACAAAUGGUCAGGGUCGCAUCCUCAGAUGCACCUGCGAAUAACCCUGUCGCCAAGGACAAGGGUAUAUCUUCUGUGGUGGUUGCAAAAGGCUCAUCUAUUGGAGGGCCGCAGAUUCGGCAUACAGGAUUUGAUCCUGGUGACCACGGACGCCAGCCUGAGAGGUUGGGGAGCAGUCACACAAGGAAGAAACUUCCAGGGGGUAUGGACGAACCUGGAAAAGUCUCUUCACAUAAACAUUCUGGUACUAAGAGCAAUCUAAAAUGCUCUAAGCCAGGCGGAACCACUCCUGCAAGGAAAACCGGUGUUGAUUCAGUCGGACAACAUCACGGCGGUCGCCCAUGUAAACAGACAGGGCGGCACAAGAAGCAGGAGUGCAAUGGCAGAAGCUGCCAAGAUUCUUCGCUGGGCGGAGAAUCACGUAAUAGCACUGUCAGCAGUGUUCUUCCCGGGCGUGGACAACUGGGAAGCAGACUUCCUCAGCAGACACGAUAUUCACCCGAGAGAGGGGGGUCUUCAUCCAGAAGUCUUCCACAUGCUAAUAAACUGUUGGGAAAGACCAAUGGUAGACAUGAUGGCGUCUCGCCUCAACAAGAAACUGGACAAGUAUUGCGCCAGGUCAAGAGAUCCACAGGCAAUAGCUGUGGACGCACUGGUAACACCUUGGGUGUACAAAUCAGUAUAUGUGUUUCCUCCUCUGCCUCUCAUACCAAAGGUAUUGAAGAUUAUACGGUGAGGAGGAGUAAGAACAAUACUAGUGGCUCCGGAUUGGCCAAGAAGGACUUGGUACCCGGAACUUCAAGAGUUGGUCACGGACGACCCGUGCCCUCUACUUCUGAGAAGGGACCUGCUACAACAGGGUCCCUGUCUCUUUCAAGACUUACCGCGGCUGCGUUUGACGGCAUGGCGGUUGAACGCCAGAUCCUAAAAGGGAAAGGCAUUCCAGAAGAAGUCAUUCCUACCUUGAUUAAGGCAAGGAAGGAAGUCACCGCGAAACAUUAUCACCGCAUUUGGCGAAAAUAUGUCGCGUGGUGCGAGGAUCGGAGUGUUCCGACGGAGGAAUUUCAACUGGGUCGUUUCCUACAUUUCCUACAAUCAGGAUUGUCUAUGGGUCUCAAAUUGAGAUCUAUUAAGGUUCAAAUUUCGGCCCUGUCAAUAUUCUUCCAAAAAGAAUUGGCCUCAGUUCCUGAGGUACAGACUUUUGUUAAAGGAGUACUGCAUAUACAGCCUCCUGUGGUGCCUCCGGUGGCACCGUGGGAUCUAAAUGUAGUUUUAGAUUUCCUCAAAUCCCAUUGGUUUGAACCAUUGAAAAAGGUGGAUUUUAAAUAUCUCACAUGGAAAGUGACUAUGUUACUGGCCCUGGCUUCCGCCAGGAGAGUAUCUGAAUUGGCGGCUUUAUCUUAUAAAAGCCCUUAUCUAAUCUUCCAUUCGGAUAGGGCAGAACUGAGGACUCGUCCGCAUUUUCUCCCUAAGGUGGUAUCAGCGUUUCACCUGAACCAACCUAUUGUGGUGCCUGCGGCCACUGGCGACUUGGAGGACUCCAAGUUGUUGGACGUUGUCAGAGCCUUAAAAAUAUACAUUUCAAGGACGGCUGAAGUCAGAAAAUCUGACUCGCUGUGGUUACUAUAUGCACCCAACAAGUUGGGUGCCCCUGCUUCUAAGCAGACGAUUGCUCGUUGGAUUUGUAACACAAUUCAACUUGCUCAUUCUGUGGCAGGCCUGCCACAGCCUAAAUCUGUUAAGGCCCAUUUCACAAGGAAGGUGGGCUCAUCUUGGGCGGCUGCCCGAGGGGUCUCGGCAUUACAAUUCUGCCGAGCAGCUACGUGGUCGGGGGAAAACACGUUUGUAAAAUUCUACAAAUUUGAUACCCUGGCAAAAGAGGACUUGGAAUUCUCUCAUUCGGUGCUGCAGAGUCAUCCGCACUCUCCCGCCCGUUUGGGAGCUUUGGUAUAAUCCCCAUGGUCCUUUCAGGAACCCCAGCAUCCACUUAGGACGAUAGAGAAAAUAAGAAUUUACUUACCGAUAAUUCUAUUUCUCGGAGUCCGUAGUGGAUGCUGGGCGCCCAUCCCAAGUGCGGAUUAUCUGCAAUACUGUACAUAGUUAUUGUUAACAAAUUCGGGUUAUAUUGUUAAGGAGCCAUCUUUAAGAGGCUCUUUCUGUUAUCAUACUGUUAACUGGGUUUAGAUCACAAGUUGUACGGUGUGAUUGGUGUGGCUGGUAUGAGUCUUACCCGGGAUUCAAAUUGCCUCCCUUAUUGUGUACGCUCGUCCGGGCACAGUACCUAACUGGAGUCUGGAGGAGGGUCAUAGGGGGAGGAGCCAGUGCACACCACCUGAUCUGGUAAAAGCUUUACUUUUUUGUGCCCUGUCUCCUGCGGAGCCGCUAUUCCCCAUGGUCCUUUCAGGAACCCCAGCAUCCACUACGGACUCCGAGAAAUAGAAUUAUCGGUAAGUAAAUUCUUAUUUUCUCAGGGAUGUACUAUUAUCACAUAUGCUGGGAGGAAACAAGUAUAAUAAAGUAUCUUUGUUGUCUAAAGCAAA